AAGAGAGAAACUAGAAAGAGAGAGGCCAAGCAACCCGGUAGCAAAUCAACGCAGCAUAUAAGCAACUUUACCAGGGCUGCCACUGUAAGAAAGAUCUCUCUCUCCCUCUCCUUGGUUGGAGAGUUGAGAGGCCACAAACUCCACUUCCACCAAGACUCAAUCACAAGCAUCCACUUCCUUGCUCCCCUGUUCUUUCAGGCCUCCAACGGUGGAGCCCGGAAUUUGAUAAUUCUCUCCAAUAUACGCACAUCAUCUUCCACCUCCCUCUUUUACUUCUCCCCCUCGUCUUCUUCGCCACCAUCCCAGCCCAGGUGGGUAGGCAGGCUGGAGAGAUGAUGGCAGAGGCGCGGACGCAGGUGCUGCCGCCAGCGGCGCGCUGCUUCUCUGGGCAGCCGUGCUGGUACUGGCAGGACUGGCGCGCGGGCGGUGGCGGAGGAGGAAGCGCGUGGACGACGGAGGAGAACAAGGUGUUCGAGAGGGCGCUGGCGCAGAUCGACCGGAACGCGCCGGACAGGUGGGAGAAGGUGGCGGCGAUGCUACCUAGGAAGACAGUCGCCGACGUGGUGAACCACUACAACGACCUCGAGAACGACGUCGGCUCUAUCGAAGCCGGGCUCGUGCCGUUCCCGCACUACAGCAGUUCGCCCCCGUCGUCCGGGUUCACCAUGGAUUGCGACGGCGGCGACGGCGGGUACCGGCGCGGUUGCCCAGAGAAGCAGGAGCGGAAGAAAGGCGUCCCUUGGACGGAGGACGAGCACAAGUUGUUCUUGAUGGGGCUGAAGAAGUACGGGAGGGGGGACUGGAGGAACAUCUCGCGCAACUUCGUGACGACCCGGACGCCGACGCAGGUGGCCAGCCACGCGCAGAAGUACUUCAUCCGGCUAAAAUCCGGUGGCAAAGAUAAGCGCCGCUCCAGCAUCCACGACAUCACCACCGUUAACCUCCCCGACGACGACCGCGGCAACGCGCCGCCCUCGACCCCGUCCGCGCUCACCACCGCCUCCAACCCCGCCGGCGCCGACCAGUUCGGGGCCUUCGUCGACGUGAAGUCCUUCAUGGCGCCACUCCCGGGUGUGCUCGGCGUGGUGCACCCCUACGGCAACGUGAAGCUCGAGCCCAAGAGCUCUCUCGUCGCCGGCCUCGGCUUCGAAGAUUCCGUCCUCCUGCAGAUGCAAUGCGGCCAGUUGUGACGGGCGGUUCCUGCCGCGGUGAGAACCGCACGGAGGAAAGAACAGCUCCCAUCUCAGUAUCUCAUCCCUGGGCACGAGGAUGGACGGGGCCAAGUCGCGGUUCCUUGUGCUUCGCUUGGUUGCAGUUGCUGAGUUGCUUCUUGUGUACUAUCAAUCAGAUGACUGUGUUCAUGGAAAACCACGACGGCAUCAUGCCAUCAUGGGCGUGCAAUUCCAGUGUCCACUUCAGUGUACAUAACAACCACAACUCCACAAGUAUAGGGCCCAAGAACUUCGACGGUACUGAAAUAAGCAUUCGAUGAAGACUUUGGGUUUUUUCCAGUGUCACCGGCAGCUUGGAUCAGGAUUCAGCCAUUCAGGAGCACCUGCCCUGUACUCUGAAGAUUGCUAUGCUGGUUUUGUCGAUGUAUUUUGGUUUGUGCUAGUACUCCUAUUCGACGGAGUAGCAUUUGGAGGCUUGGAGCAUGUGUGUGAUGCUUGUAAGGUUCCACAGGAUUUUGUCUGCCAAUCUGCCAUUAGAAGUCUAGGUUUGCUCAGCUCUCGCUGACUUGGAAUUUCAA